UCUACAUGUUUACUAAAUUAAUGGCUUUAGAGAGGGCGCAGAAUCAAAUCAUAGCCUUUUUCUUUCUUUUCUAUCCCUGUAGCAGCAUCGUGCACCGCGUUCACGAUGGGAGCCUACAGCUACAUGAGUGAGCUGUACCGCAAAAAACAAGGUGAUGUUAUGCGUUUUGUUCUUCGUGUCCGUUGCUGGCAAUACCGUCAACUUACCAAGUUACAUCGCGCACCUAGACCAUCGCGUCCUGAUAAAGCUCGUCGUCUAGGAUACAAAGCUAAGCAAGGUUUUGUUAUCUACCGCAUCCGCGUACGUCGUGGUGGCAGAAAACGUCCAGUACCCAAGGGAGCGACCUUCGGCAAACCUAAAAGUCAUGGAGUCAAUGAGUUGAAACCUACACGUAAACUGCAAUCAGUCGCUGAGGAACGAGUUGGAAGACGAUGUGGAGGCUUGAGAGUUCUUAACAGUUAUUGGGUAGCCCAAGACUCGUCAUACAAAUACUAUGAAGUAAUUCUUGUUGAUCCAGCCCACAAGGCGAUACGUAACGACCCUAAAGUAAACUGGCUCUGUAAUCCAGUUCACAAGCACCGUGAACUUCGUGGCAAAACAUCUGCAGGUAGAAGUUCUCGCGGUCUUGGCAAGGGACAUCGUUUCUCGCAAACAAUUGGUGGAUCACGACGUGCCGCUUGGCUCAGAAGAAAUUCGCUUUCUCUUCGUAGAAAACGAUAAUAAUUUUAUUAACACUGAUAUGAAGCCGAUAAAUAUACUACAUAAAACCCUUAAACAGUUAAA